GCCCAGCCAUGACACGGCUUGAUUCGAUCGCUCUAUUCACAUGCACACGAACAAAUGGUUCACUCACUCCACACACACACACACACACAUUCAUUCAUUUGUGCACCAUGAACACAACGCACACUGCAAUCGUCACAAAACGCCGAUCGCCACCCCCACUGCAAUGCCACCCCACUCACCCACUCAAUCACUGCACCACACACAGGGCGCAAUCCCCCGGCCGAGGGCGCCUCUCCGGGCUCUGCUGCGUCGGGCUCUGCGUCAGAUCGCUCUGGGCCACGGACACCGACACCUCGAUGGGCAGCGUCACCAGCUGACUGUCGUUCUCGCCAUGCAGCGACACACUCGCCCUCGUCACCUGGCCCGGCGACACGCAUAUCGCCGGCUCCCUCGCCUCGCGCUUCAUCACCGGGCUGCUCUUCUUCUUCCGGGUCCUUUGGGGGGAUGACCGCACAUAAAUGGUCCGCUUGUGGACCCCAGGCGAGUCGUCGCCCGCACCGCAUGCCAUACUCGAGCAGUAGCAGCCGCACAUGCCUCGCUGGGCCGACCGAGUCAUGGCCCUGCGAACCUGGAGGUUUGGCGACUGGUCCUGAAUGGCCGGCAGGGGGCGCGACAUGGAUGGGGGGUGGCCGUCAUUGAGGAGCAUGGGUGGGGCUGGGGCGGGCGACGGAGGGGUGGGGAUGAUGCCGUCGGUCGCGUGCAGGGUGAGAUCGAAGGGGCGGAGGGUGUCGGUGAGCUCGGUCGUCACGCGCCUCAGCUGCGCCGCCUCCUCCUGAGCACGCGACUCGUACCUGAGCACAAGAUACAGAGAAAGGCACAGUGUCUCGGCGGCCAUGCACGCGCUUCAUUCAUGUCGGUGCGCACUGAGUGACUCACCUGUUGAGUGACCUGCGGCUGACCUCCGCCAUCCUCUCGAGGAAGUUGGACUGCAGUGUGGUCUCGAAGCUUGCACUCAUCAGCACGAUGUACUCGCCGGUGGCGGGCGGGGCCUUGGGGCACAGCUCCGUCACUUGAAUGACGUGGUAGUUGCCGUGCAAAGACACCUGACAUUGGCACAAACACAAACCGAAGUUCGAUUUGUUGGCCCUCUCUCUCUCCCCGCCGCCCUGCCCUACCUGUUCGAUGAACCAGUCCAGAGUGAAGUCCCUCUCGUAGACGAGCCCCCCCUCCACCUCCUGGGUGCCCUCACCGGCACCACGCACACGCCUCGUAAACGACCCAUCAGGAAAACGGACAGGCUGGGAGGAGCGGGAGGAAUCGAGCGGCGUCAAAAAGUCACCUGCGCAGCAGACAGAACAAAGCCAUUGAAGUGACCCUUGCCCGUCUUCUCGCUUCGUUUCCCUCACCUCUUCGGCCGUUGUUCUCCCACCAGUCGCGCGGCUCCUCCUCCAGUCGGGUAGCGUCAUCCACACGCACCAGGUCGGCCCCACGGUGCAUGGUCCGUCGGCCCUCCCGCCCAUCCUUCUCACCGAUGUGGUAGUAGAGCACGGGGGGCGACGUGGGCGACGCCUCGUCCGCACUGCUGCUGCUCGGCGGCUGCGUGCUGCUGCUCCCCGCCGGCAGGAUGGCCGCCCUCAGCGUGGGCGUGUUGCCCUCCUCUCCCUCUGGCUCGGGGCUGUCACGGCCGGUCUUGACGCUCGCAGCAGCGGCGGCCGCUGCACCUUUCUUCUUGUGGCCGGAUGACGGGCGAGGGUCGUGGAGUGAGGGCACUGGGCUGCCGAGCUGGUCUGCGCGAGGCGGCGGCUCGUCGGGAAUGAUCUCGACCUCGAUGGAGAUCUGGUCGUCUGCUGGGCCUAUCACGAGGACACCUGUGGAUGGGCGGAGCUGCGACUCAGACGACUGGCCGGCAUGGGAGUAGCGGCUGCUUGGGCGGGGGUAGCACUGGUGGUGACGCUGCCCGUCCAGGUACAGGUUCACCUGCACAGCAAACACACCCAAGGACACAAAGCAAGGGUUGAAUGGACGCACUCGACCAGCUGCGCUCGACUCGCUUUCUCAUCUCAUUGUCUGUCUCACCCUGGCGCUUUUCUUCUCGUCCGUCUGCUGGUCCCGGACGUCAAGUGCCGCCACAGUAAAGCGCACGUGCGAAGGCCCAUCACCGGCUUUGUCAGCCUCCCCGGCCUCCAGACGGCGGCUGCACCUCUCCACGUGUGUCUGCAUGAGCCGGAAGUAGGCGACCGCCUCGCCCCAUGCCUUGUGCUGCCGGCGGUAGGCGCGGUAGAGCUGGAGGAUGAAGCGGGUGAGCUUGUCGCACAGGUCGGGGACGGAGGCGAUGGGGCAGUUCUCAGACAGAAAACGCGUCAGGCCCUGCACAGCACAUGAGAAAGACGAGGCGGCCGGCAUCUCUGUGAUGGUUCAGCGUGUCAUGACUGGUGGCAUCGUGUGUGUGUGACGGCACCUGGUGUCCCUCGCUCUCUUGGUUGAGAAAGUAGCACAGGUCAUCGAACUCGGCGGGCCACUGAUACCCAGACUGCAUCGAUCACACAGACACACACACCAGCAGACACAACAGGAGCAAGCGCAUCACAGACAUCCGUCUCACGAAGUUUGUCACCACUGGCUGCAUGCGCGUUGCGCUGCCCACCUGGAAGAGGCCUUCACAUUUGCGCUGCACGUUGCUUCGCAGCAGAGCCGUCAGCGUCUCGUCGACCUCCUGCCCGUCCGCUGCACUUCGAUGAUGCUGAGACGAAACUUGCUGCAUCAUCCGGCCGCGGACGAGGCAGGCUGACGGAUAUGUAAUCAAGACACUAAGCAGCCUUCC